UUUAUUUUGGCGCCUUCUUCGAUCGCUCGCUCCCCCGCCCAUCCGCUGCCGCUCGCAUGGGCAGGGUAGCGUAGCAAGUGAGAGGGCGGAUGGGCGGGGGAGAGAGCUCACCUUUCCAGCCCCACUUCCACCUGGACAAGCCGUGGGAAAGCCUCCGCCUCUCCGAAAAGAGCCACCUGCGUGUGUGGCCCUUGGUGGGUUCUGGAAGUGGCGCCUUUCUGCCAAAGCAUCCCUCGUGCACUUCAGGGGCCGGCAGGCGAGGUGAGCGCAGUGGCCGGAGACUCCUCCAUGGGACCCCUUCCGGCUCCGUCUGCUUCCCAGCCUGUCCUGGCUCUCCUGACUCCCGGGGCCGCCGCUUCUCUGAACUCACCCAGAGAAUUCUGGAAAAAGCCAGGCUCUAUUUCACAAGAAAGGCUCUACCAUCUUUGGAAGAAAGGAAGAAAUAUGACGAUGAGUUUGCAACUUCAACGUCCUUCCAUGGGGUGCACAAUCUUAUUCAUACCAAGAGCAAGACACGCAAGAUCUUAUGGAUGGUAGUAGUCUUGGGUUCCAUUAUCCUAGUUGCCUGGCAGGUUUAUUGUCGUUUCAUCUAUUAUUUCAGCUGGCCCACCACAACCUCAGUGGUAGUUCAAUAUGUGGAGAAGAUUGAAUUUCCUGCUGUAACAUUUUGUAAUCUGAACAGGUUCCAAACUCAAGCUGUAGCUAAUCUGAGCAUCGUUUUCUUCUUAUGGAGCAUAGUGUCAGGAGUUCUUCGUAUGUUCAGUACUGAUGAUAAGUUUAGUCAAGAACUACAAGAUUUUUUUCAAGGGAAUCAAAAUUUCAGCAUCAAAGAAUUUACAAGAGAUAAUGGUUUCUAUCUCAACAGUAGUACCUUGCUGAGUUGUGAAUUUUUUGGGAAAAAAUGCCAUCCAAAGGACUUUGCACAUGUCUUUACUGAAUAUGGGAACUGCUUUACUUUUAAUCAUAUUAACUUUCCUACAAGAAGAAGAGUUAGCCUUUCUGGAAGAGGCCUCAGUUUGGUUUUUGAUGUCAAACAGGGUCAGUUCACUGAUGAUCCUAAUCUUGGUUUUGUUGAUGCUGGCAUAACCUUUGCUAUCCAUUCACCUAAAGAACCUCCCCGAUUUGAUGGUUUAGGUGUCUUUACACCAGUGGGAAUGCAUGCCCAUGCUGCGAUUCAACAGGUAAAAACAAUUAUCCAAGAAUACCCUUGGGGAGAAUGCAACCCAAACAUUAAGCUUCAGCAUCAUCAAAUCUACAGUACAUAUGGAUGCCUACAAGAAUGCAAGGGCCACCUUAUACAAAAGUACUGUGGAUGUUUACCUUUUAUGCUGCCAGGAAACGGCACAGAAUGUGACUUGGAGAAAUUUUACAGCUGUGUUUCUCCUGCUUUGUAUAAAAUAGAAUUCAUGGGAUUAUGUACAGUAGGAACACAUAAUUCCACAUGUCCAGUACCAUGUGAAGAAACAGAUUACCCAAUCACCAUCUCGUAUUCUACGUUUGCAAGUGAACAAGGCCUCAAAUUCCUAUCUGCAAAGCUGAAGAAAAAACCAGAAUAUGCCAGGAAUAAUCUUGUAUAUAUUGACAUUAAAUACCACAAUUUGAAUUACAAAAUGACCCAGCAACAGAAGGCACUGAGUGUAUCAGAACUGUUAGCUGAUAUUGGUGGUCAGCUGGGCUUAUUUUGUGGAGCCAGUAUGAUUACCAUCAUUGAAAUUAUCGAAUAUCUGUUCACCAAUUUCUAUUGGAUGUGUGUUUUCCUUCUACUAAAAGCACCAAAAUUGCCUGAUUGGAACGCUUCAAAUCAGAAUGAACAAACAGACAAGAGAAGAAUACAAGAAUGCUAAUACCUUGCAGAAAACAAAUCAAAAGUGACGUCCCUUUCUUUCUGUGUAUACAGGGCAUUUAUUUUUAACAUCUAUCUUUGUUACUAGUAUCAUUACUCAUUUUUAUUAGGCUAGUAGAAAGACCACUUUAUGGACCAAUCUGGACAGAGUAACUAAUAGUUAUCUAUCUUUUGUUAACUUAUUACAUGAUACUUCGAAAAUGAUCCAGAAAUUUCAGCUGAUGUGGAACAACAGCCAGUAAAAAUGCUGGUCACUACAAUCCCAUUAGGGUUUGAGUUGGCAAUCUGUUGCCAUUAUCAAAGUAUUGUUUUAAUGUUCAAAUUGUUCAAGAAGAUCUUAUUCCAGUGUUUCUCAACCUUGGCAACUUUAAGUCCUGUGGACUUCAACUGCUAGAAUC